AUGAACUACGCGGGUUAUUCCGCCGCAGGCGCUCCGAUUCUUAGCAGCACUAUUGUCCUCCAACGAUGGUCACGGCGGUUUUACCAAUACGAGCCGAGGACAUACGCAGUGGCGUUUGGGCGCCUUGCAACCACUGCCGUCUCCAAAAGCGCAAGUGUAAUAGAGGUUCUCCUUGUGGUAAUUGUGUUCGUGGUGAUCGGGCGGACGACUGCCACUACUGGCCGCUUUACGCCAGGACGAUUCCGUGCACAACCUGCUACGACCGCCUCGGGGCCCUCUGCCGAUCCGUCUUUUACAAACGCUGGUCUCGCUUUCUCCGAAUACAUCCAGACGAUUAACACCAACCAUGAAGAACUCGGACAGAUGCCAGGCACACCGAAGCUGCAGGUCGACGAUACGUUGCACCCCUUCGUCCGAAGAACAACCGUCACUUACUACGGCUCUGCUGUCGACGUGUUCCAGUGCUUUCCUUCGGCCACAUACAGCUUCGGCGAGACGAACAACAUGCUCGCUACCGAGUCUUACGUGCCGUACAUCCCCGGAUCUGGUUAUCACGACCAGCCCAUCGCGUACAGCAGCCAUGACGGAGGUGGCUGGGAGCGCGGGUUUCAGGGUGGCAACAUCGGAGGGUACGCAAACGGAUAUUCGGACGGGGUAUUCUACAAUGAUCCGUCGGCGUACAAUCCCUACGGCAUGCAUUCAGGUCAGCAGAACUAG